CUCUCGCCACUGUUCUUCUCGUCCAGCUCACACGCGCGCCGGCCACACAUGACCGGUCGCCCCGUCGGCUUCCCCAGUACAGAGCCCUCCGCGGCGAUGUUGAACCGCCUCCGCGAGGAGCAGAAUGUCGUCCGCACCGUCAAGCUGCCCAAGGGCCCCGCCAGCUCUGCGACUCCUUCGAAGGGCAGCCACGGCCUGAGUACGCCCGGCAGCGUCGCGGAGGACAGCUACUCGUCGUCAAGGAGCGGAGGUGGCAGUAGUGGCGGGGAGAAUCGUCUUUUACCGGCCGAAUUGCGAGGUCUCCAAGGGCUGAGCAUCCUUGACCUGCUCGAGGCGGACGAGAGGCCGUCGUUUAUCAUCGACAUCACAAACCGCGCCAACUUCAUCGCGGACGCGCCGCUGAAGCUGCUGUUCGUAAACGCCUCGCUGAGGGCGUCGCAGAGUGUCUAUGGGCUCAUCUCGCAGAGCGCAGAGAACAACAGCGAGUUCUCAAGGUUCAAGGCCUGGGUUGUCAGCUUUGUCAAGGACAACAGGUCCAUGGACGUGUCUCUCCCUUCUCUCUCCUAUGGCGGCGUCAGCUGGACCUGCUCCACAUUGGCCAACAGAUACCGAUUCGUCAGCGGCAAUGCGUCGGCCGUGUCCAUCACACCCACGUCCCCCGUCCCUCCGGCCAGGGCGAGCACUGUCCUGGACCAACGAGCCAGAGGGCCGACACCCUUGAAGGACACACCAGCCCUAGGCAGAGAUAGGGCCCUCAGCGAGACGGACUACUUUGGGGAUGCUUCGCCUAACCACAGCGACGCGCUCGGGCGUCGCGCCUACUCAGAACCGCGGGACCUAGCGGACUUAAGACCGGAUACGCCACAGGUGCAGACUGAAGAGGUACACAACCCUGAUCCGAGCACUGCGGAUGUCGAUCUCAUACAAACUUUUGACUGGACGAGGAUUGUGGACACCAGUUUACUUUCACCUCAUCUGCAAUUUGCACGAUCAGUAAGAUGGGAAGAUACACCCUUGGGACCGAUCGAGGACUGGCCAGGGGACCUGCGCACCAUGUCGAAUAUGGUCAUGGGGAGCCCGCACCCCGCUGCUAUGUACUGGGGCCCCGAAUACAUCGCCAUCUAUAACGAGGCUUACCUUAGCCUGGCCGGCAAGAAGCACCCGAAGCUCAUGGGCCAGAGCUAUAUCGAGGCCUGGGCCGAGAUCUGGGAUGAAUUGAAGCCCGUCUUCGACGCUGCCUGGCAUGGCGGGCAGGCCACCAUGAAGCACGACGAUAGGCUCUUCAUGUCCCGGAACGGCUUCCUCGAGGAAACCUUUUUCAACUGGUCCAUCGUGCCCAUGGUCGGUGCGGACGGAUCUGUCGUCGCCCUCUACAACCCGGCUUUCGAGAACACCCGGCGAAAGGUUAACGAGCGGAGGAUGUUCACGCUGCGCGAGGUGGGCGAGAGGACAUCCCUUGCGCGGGACGUCCAGCAGUUCUGGAAGCAGGUUGUCAGAGGUCUCGAGUACAACGAGGCCGAUAUCCCGUUCGCCCUGAUAUACGGCAUUGCGGACGAUUCGGACAGCGACAUGUCCUCGAUGCAUUCCGGCAGCGUGACCAAUCCUCCUCGGAUCCAACUCGCAGGAUCUCUUGGUGUGCCUGCUGGCCACUUCUACAGCGAGAUGUCGACCAUCGACUUACGAACGAGUAGCGAUUGCUUUGCGCCCUACAUGAGGAUGUCCAUGUCACAGCCUUCCGUUCCUGUCGUUCUGAGCAAAGAGGACGGGACGCUUCCACAGAGCCUCAUUGAGGGAAUCGAGUGGAGAGGCUUUGGAGACCCCUCCAGGACUGUUGUUGUGUUCCCAGUGCACCCAACAACUGGCGAGGGCGUGGUCGGCUUUAUCGUCUUGGGCGUGAACCCACGGAGGCCGUACAACGACGACUACCGCUUGUUUAUCAAUCUCCUCUCCAGACAGCUGGCAACGUCGAUGGCCUCUGUUGUGUUGUUUGAAGAGGAGAUCAAGCGCGGCCAGCAGGCGGCACGGAUUGCUGCGCUGGAUCGCCAGCAGCUCUCACAGGAACUCCGCCUGCGCACGCAAGAGGCCGUGGAAAGCGAAUACAAGUUUACCCGCAUGGCCGAGUUUGCGCCGGUGGGUAUCUUUAUCACGAAUGCACAGGGCCAUAUCAACUUCUGCAACGACUCGUGGUGGGAAAUUUCGAGGCACCCUCGGGCAAUUGACUCGUUCGACUCGUGGAUGGACAGCAUCCUGCCCGCGGACAGGCCCGCCGUCGAGGAGGCGUGGAGGACGCUGAUCGACGACACGGUGUCCAUCACGCUCGAGUUUCGGUUCAAGGCAACGCGCGAGGCCAACGGGCACCCGAUUGAGACUUGGGCCCUGAUGAGCGCAUACCCGGAACAGGACGCAGCCGGGACGACAAAGGCCAUCUUUGGCUGCAUCACGGACAUCAGUCAGCAGAAGUGGGCAGAGGCAUUUCAAAAGCAGCGGCGGGAAGAGGCCCUCGAGCUCAAGCGCCAGCAGGAAAACUUCAUCGACAUGACCAGCCACGAGAUGCGAAACCCGCUGAGCGCGCUGUGCCAGUGCGCUGACGAGAUCGUCGGCAGCAUCACGGCGUACCGCAGGACGCAGCCCGCCGACAUGCCAGACAGCCUCCGGUCGACACUCGAAUCCUGCUACGAGGCUGCGAAUACCAUCUCGCUGUGUGCCAACCAUCAAAAGAAGAUCAUCAACGACGUGCUGACGCUCUCGAGGCUCGACUCGCGCAUGCUCGAGGUGACGCCUACCAUCACCAAGCCUGUCGAGGUGAUUGAGACCAGCCUCAAGAUGUUCGACGUCGAGCUCGUGUCCAACAACAUCAAGGCCGAGUUCCGCAUCGACCAGUCCUACUACGACAUGGGCAUCACCCUUGCCAGGCUCGAUCCGGCACGUUUGCAGCAGGUCCUCAUCAACCUCCUGACCAACGCCAUCAAGUUCACCCAGAAGCAGGAACAACGCUCCAUCAUCGUCACCCUGGGCGCUUCCCGGGACGUCUCCCAGGCACAGGUAGCCGGGAUUGAGUUCUUCCAGGGCGAUAUUGAGCCAGGUGAGGAUAUCACGGACAAGGCCGAGUGGGGCGAUGGCGAAAAGUUCAACCUGCACCUGUCUGUGUCUGAUACAGGACCAGGGCUCACCGACGAAGAGCGCAACAUGCUGUUUCAGCGAUUCCGCCAGACCUCACCCCGAACUCACGUUGAAUACGGCGGCUCGGGUCUGGGCUUGUUCAUCUCGCGCAUGCUCACGGAGCUCCAGGGCGGACAGAUUGGCGUGCUCUCGCAAAAGGGCGCAGGCAGCACCUUUGCCUUUUACAUCAAGAGCCGGAAGUGCAUGGAGGAGCCCCAGCCGCCGCCACCACCCACUACAUGUGCCUCUCAUGACAUGCUGGUCAGUCCGCCAACGGCGGCGGCGGCGGCGGACUCACCAAUGCUCCCGAUUCUGCCCGUCAUCGACCCGGCUACCGUCGACGUACUUGUAGUAGAGGAUAACGAGGUCAACCAGAAGGUCCUCGGCCGCCUGCUCAAGAGGUACGGCUUCAAGGCGCAUCUAGCCAACCACGGCGGUGAGGCCAUAGAGAAGUUGCAGAGGUCGAGGCACUGGAACCACCAAGCUGCUGCGGCAGAGGGCAUCGACCCACCACCACCAGUCGUGCUGCGCGAGGGCGAGGAGGAGGAUAUAAUCAAUGUGUCUAUCAUUCUGAUGGACCUGGAGAUGCCCGUCAUGGACGGCAUGACUUGCGCCCGGAGAAUCAGGGAGCUGGAGAGCCGGGGUAUCAUCAUGGCACGAAUUCCGAUCAUUGCUGUUACGGCAUAUGUGAGGCCUGAGCAGAUCGGGGAAGCCAGAGCCUCUGGGAUGGACGACAUUGUAUCGAAACCAUUUCGUGCACCCGAGCUGACACCCAAAAUCUCCAAAUUGCUCCUGGACCCGCCCACGGGUAACACGCCAGCCGCCUCGCCCAUGUCUCUAGCUUCUCCCACGUCUGAGCGACCGAGUGCAUUUCCAUUUUCCUCUUGA